CUGUGGCUCACCUAGCAGCAGCAGCAGCGGCAGCGGUCUGCAUGUGGGCACGAGCCGGAGCUGAAGCAGCUGGGCCGAACUGCGCAGAGAUGCGGCGCACGUAGACGCGACAUGCGGACACACCGCCUCACCUCCCCGCUAAUAUCAUGGUUUAAAACACUGUUAAGAUAAUUUGUGUGUUUGUUUUUGACAUGGCGGCGCUGAAGUCGAGGUGAGGAGCAGCUCCGUUGCUCGGUCCGCUCGCCUGCCGGGGAGUGCGCACUUUUUUCUCGCUCUUUUGCUAAGGCAAGGAGCCAACACAGAUAAAUCCGCUGUUUUUGCUCUCUUUAUCGUGUAAGGAAUCAUGUCGACGGGGCAGGAUGAAAGCUCAGUCCGUGUGGCACUGAGGAUUCGUCCUCAGCUGGCCAGGGAGAAGAUAGAGGGAUGUCACAUCUGUACGUAUGUGAUGCCCGGGGAGCCUCAGGUGAUCCUGGGGAAGGACAAGUCCUUCACCUACGACUACAUGUUUGACAUGGACUCCCAGCAGGACAACAUCUACACCACCUGCACGGAGAAGCUGAUCGAGGGCUGCUUUGAGGGCUACAACGCCACCGUCUUUGCAUACGGACAGACGGGCUCAGGAAAGACCUACACGAUGGGGACGGGUUUCGAUGUCAACAUCACAGAUGAGGAGCUGGGUAUCAUUCCCCGUGCAGUCCACCAUCUCUUCAAGGGCAUUGAGGAGCGCCGACAGGCCGCCCAGGAGCAGGGACGCCCCGUACCUGAAUUUAAGAUCAACGCCCAAUUCCUCGAGCUUUACAACGAGGAAGUUCUGGACCUGUUUGACUCCGCACGAGACAUGAAGCAGAAAUCUCACAUCAAGAUCCAUGAAGAUGCAAAUGGGGGAAUCUACACAGUGGGAGUGACCACACGGACCGUAUCCUCCGAGGCUGAGAUGAUGCAGUGCCUGAAGCUCGGGGCUCUGUCUCGCACCACAGCCAGCACUCAGAUGAACGUCCAGAGCUCUCGAUCCCACGCCAUCUUCACCAUCCACCUGUGCCAAGUUCGCGUCUGUGCCUCCGACAAUCAAGAAAGUGAGACUGACAACAGAGUCUCCAACGGAAACUCUGAGAUGGAUGAGUAUGAGACGCUGACAGCCAAGUUCCACUUUGUGGAUCUGGCUGGUUCUGAGAGGCUGAAGAGAACUGGAGCGACAGGCGAUCGAGCCAAAGAGGGCAUCUCCAUCAACUGUGGACUGCUCGCUCUGGGGAAUGUAAUCAGUGCUUUGGGUGACCGCAGCAAGCGGUCCUCACAUGUGCCUUACAGAGACUCCAAACUCACCCGGCUUUUACAGGACUCAUUAGGAGGAAACAGCCAAACAGUGAUGAUUGCCUGCAUCAGCCCGUCUGACCGGGACUUCAUGGAAACGCUGAACACGUUAAAAUACGCCAACCGAGCAAGAAACAUCAAGAACAAGGUGAUGGUGAACCAGGACAAGGCCAGCCAGCAGAUCAGCGCUCUGAGGACAGAGAUUGCUCGACUACAGAUGGAGCUGAUGGAGUACAAAACGGGUAAACGCUUGAUGGGUGAGGAUGGCGUGGAGAGCUUUAGCGACAUGUUCCAUGAGAACUCCAUGCUGCAGACGGAGAACAGCAACCUGAGGGUGAGAGUGAAGGCCAUGCAGGAGACCAUCGAUGCCCAAAGGGCGCGGCUCACCCAGAUGCUCAGUGACCAGGCCAACCAGGUCAUCGCCAGGGCAGGUGAAGGUGGAACUGAAGAAAUUGGGAACAUGAUUCAGGGUUACAUCAAAGAGAUUGAAGACCUCAGAGCCAAACUCCUGGAGAGUGAAGCUGUGAACGAGAAUCUGAGAAAGAAUCUGUCUCGUGCCUCCAACCGUCAGUCAUUGUACGGAGGGCCCAGCUCCUUUUCCUCCACGCUGCUGGCCCCCGAGAAGGAGACUUCUGACAUCAUUGAACUCGCCAAGAAAGACCUGGAGAAACUGAAGAAACGGGAAAAGAAGAAAAAGAAAAGACUCCAGCAGCUGUUGGAGGAGAGAGAGAGGGAGGAAAGGGAGGAGGUGGUGGAUGAGGUUGAUGACGUCAGUGCCAACAAGGAGGAAGUCCCUGACAACGAGCAAGAAAAGGGCACAGAGAAGGAAAUGACAGAGCGAGUCAACGAGGAAGCAGAAAUGGAGGUCCAGGAAGGCAGUGACCAUGACGAAGGAGAGGAGGAAGAGGAGGAGGAGGAGGAGGAGAUGGACGUGGAGGAGAGCUCAGAUGAUUCUGACUCAGAGUCGGACGAAAAAGAGAACUUCCAGGCCGAUCUGGCCAACAUCACCUGCGAGAUCGCCAUCAAGCAGAAGCUGAUCGACGAGUUGGAGAACAGCCAGCGGCGUCUGCACACGCUCAAACAGCAGUACGAGCAGAAGCUGAUGAUGCUGCAGUGCAAGAUCAGGGACACCCAGCUGGAGAGGGACCGCGUCCUCCAAAACAUGAACACAGUCGAAAGCGGCACAGACGACAAGGCUCGCAAGAUAAAGGCUGAAUACGAAAAGAAGCUGAGCGUCAUGAACAAGGAGCUUCAGAAGCUUCAGUCAGCUCAGAAGGAGCACGCCCGCCUGCUGAAGAACCAGUCGCAGUACGAGAAACAACUGAGGAAGCUUCAGAUGGACGUGGCGGAAAUGAAGAAGACAAAGGUCCGUCUCAUGAAGCAGAUGAAGGAGCAGCAGGAAAAAAACAGGAUGAACGAGUCUCGCCGAAACCGAGAAAUUGCUUCCCUAAAGAAAGACCAGCGCAAGCAAGAGCACCAACUGAAGUUACUUGAGGCUCAGAAAAGGCAGCAGGAGCUGAUUCUGAGGAGAAAGACUGAGGAGGUGACGGCUCUAAGGAGGCAGGCCAGGCCGACCUCAGGUAAGGUCGUCAGGAAGAUCAAUCUGCCAGAACCGAUGCAGGACCACAGACCUCCAUCUGGACGCUUGUACUCCUCCGGCAACACUGCUCCCAAUGGCACUCGAUUUUCCUACAGGCGUACAGUAGGUAUUUACUCCACCAGGAUCGCACGCAAUAAAUGGCAAUCUCUGGAGCGCCGGAUCACUGACGUCAUCAUGCAGAGGAUGACCAUCUCCAACAUGGAAGCAGACAUGAAUCGCCUCCUCAAGCAACGUGAGGAGCUGACGAAGCGUAAAGAGAAGGUCAUCCGGAAGAGGGACCGGCUGGUCAGGGAGGGACCAGAGGCAGAGAAGGCCGUGCUUCCCCUCAACGAGGAAGUAGAUGCGUUGACGGCAAACAUCGAUUACAUAAAUGACAGCAUUGCAGACUGUCAGGCCAACAUCAUGCAGAUGGAGGAAACCAAGGAGGAAGGCGACACAGUGGACAUCUCUGCAGUGAUUGGUUCCUGCACCCUGACAGAAGCCCGUUUUCUGUUAGAUCACUUUAUGUCAAUGGCUAUCAAUAAGGGUCUUCAGGCAGCCCAGAGGGAGUCCCAAGUGAAGGUGAUGGAGGGCCGGCUGAAGCAGACAGAAAUCACCAGCGCCACACAGAACCAGCUGCUCUUUCACAUGCUGAAGGAGAAGGCCGAGUUCAACCCAGAGCUGGACGCGCUGCUGGGAAACGCCCUUCAAGAGCUAGGUAACAUUCCAGCUGAAAACGGAGAUGACAGCAGCAGUGAUGAGUCUGCACAGAGCCCUUCUGCAGAGGGAAACACCUUGACAUCAGAUCUCAUGAAACUCUGUGGAGAUACCAAAACAAGAAAUAAGGCUCGUAGGAGGACCACCACUCAGAUGGAGUUGCUAUACGCAAACAGUGACUCCGCCCCCGAUGCACCCACUGCAGACUUCUCCGGUCCAAUGCUGCCGUUAGCUGAAACACCAGAUGGGGGAGGAGACAUGGACGCGUCAGGCUCAUCAGUCAGGGACUACACAGCUCUUUCCCCCGGCUUUUCCUCUAAAAUGGGCAGCAUUUCUGGCUCCAGACCUUCGUCAGGGGUGGAAAAACGAGCACCGGAGCCUUCGCCGCUCUCUCGCAGGAAGACCUAUGACAAGGCACAAGCAGCGGCCGACAAGGCAAAGGUCAAGGAUAUUAAACAGGGCAUCAUUAACCCAGUGCCGGCCACUAAAAGCAGUCGGUCAGCGACGUUGCAGUGCGUCCACGUGGCGGAGGGACACAGUAAGGCUGUUCUGUGUGUCGACUGCACUGAUGACCUUCUCUUCACCGGAUCCAAAGACCGGACCUGUAAGGUGUGGAACCUGGUGACGGGUCAGGAGAUAAUGUCCCUGGCUGGUCACCCCAACAACGUGGUCUCAGUCCGCUACAGCUCCAGUUUGGUCUUCACCGUCUCCACCUCCUACAUCAAAGUCUGGGACAUCCGGGACUCGGCCAAGUGCAUCCGCGUACUUACGUCAUCUGGUCAGGUUAAUGUUGGGGACAUCGGUGCGUCCAACACCAGCCGGACAGUCACCAUCCCAGCAGGAGAGAACCAAAUCAACCAGAUCGCUCUCAACCCCAAUGGGACGGUUCUGUACGCUGCUGCCGGAAACUCAGUCAGAGUCUGGGAUCUGCGAAGAUUUGCAUCCACAGGGAAACUUACCGGUCACCUGGGUCCAGUGAUGUGUCUGACUGUGGAUCAGUCCGGAAACAACCAAGACCUGGUGAUCACCGGGUCCAAAGACCAUUACAUCAAGCUGUUUGAUGUGACUGAAGGCUCUCUGGGGAGCAUCGGCCCCACACACAACUUUGAACCUCCCCAUUACGACGGCAUCGAGUCCUUGGUGAUCCAGGGGGACAUUUUCUUCAGUGGCUCUCGAGACAACGGCAUCAAAAAGUGGGACCUGGACCGGAAAGACCUGUUGCAGCAAGUCCCGAAUGCGCACCGUGACUGGGUUUGUGCGCUAGGCGUCGUCCCCGGGUCCCCGGCCCUGCUGAGCGGCUGCAGAGGCGGGGUGCUUAAGCUGUGGCACACAGACACACUGGGGACUCUGGGGGAACUGAAGGGCCAUGAGAGCCCCAUAAACGCCAUCUCCACCAACAGCAGCCAUCUGUUCACUGCCUCCGAUGACCGGACUGUGAAGAUCUGGCGUGCACGUGGUGGACUGGACAGCACUUUAGAGGCGGUUGACAAUGUGGACGAGGUGGCCAGUAACUGAACACACUGAAAGGACACUAACAGCAUCUUAUGAUGCUGCUGCCCUGCACUUUGACCCUUAACUUUUCAAGCCUAACGCUGACUCCUAAAACAUAUACCUUCCAUGCCAUGUAACCUUUGUGACUGAGCCAACAGGAAAGUAAUCUCAUCUCAGCAGAACUAGCACAAUCACUCUUUCGUUAGACUCUGUUUGCUCAGAGCGUCGUGCUAAUCAGUUUUACUUCAUUGUAUUGGUAAUGACUCUUUGCAGCAUCUUUUUCUCCUCCGCGCUGUAGAUGAUACGUCACCGUGAGUGAAGAUAGGAACUUGUACCUGUAAGACGUUCAUUUAAGAGUUGAACACAAAAAACAGACUCAUAGAGAGUAUUUCAGCUGCAGAGCUCUUUUCAGCUCUGUGCCAGGAUAAAGUACACCUGCAGACACACGCUUAACCAAGAAAAGGUUAGCAGUGUUAGAUUAGAAGAAAAUAGACAAGACGUAGAGUGUUAGAGUAGAAAUGUGUGGCAGAGCUAACGGGUUGGUAGCUGGUCUUCACAACCCCAGUUCUCCAGUUUCUUGGGAUUGUUUGGAUUGUUUCUCUGUACUUGAAGCAGAGCCAUUGCCCCUGUGCUCCACCCCCAUCCCCCACCCCCCACACACAAUUAAAAAAGUGGCUUUACUGUAUGUGAAAAAGACAAAUCACUUUUCCCCUUAACUUCCCUCUCCUGCUUUUGUGCUCUGAAUUUUACUGCUGUUUAAGAUCAGCAACUAAAAUUGUGCAAACUCUCAUCUUUGUUGUCCUGCAUUGCACUCGUAAACAGAACACACUGUACGGUAACAGUUCCACUUUAAAGCAAAAGAUUGACAUCUUUUGGAAAUUAAAAUUGUUUGCUUUCUUUCUGGAAGUUGGAAGACACCAAGCUCAUAUCUGUCUGUUCAACAUAAGGCCUGCAGCUCCUUAGCUUAGCAUACAGACUGGAAACCAGGGGAAACAGCUUGCCUGGCUCUGUCCAAUAGUAAUUAAUGCUGACAACCAGCACCUCUUAAGCUCAUUAAUUAUGCCACAUCUUGGUUGUUUAAUCUGCACAGAAAAAAGGUGAAAAUGUUAAAAUGACAAAUCCUUUAACUCCAUUUGUACACUUUGAUUUUGGUAUGGGUGAAAGUGGAAGUUGACACGUUUUUUGCUUUAGGUUGUAAUGAGGUGUUAAUUAUACAUUGCAGUGACGACAGAAUAACGAUAUCAUAAGUGUUAAGACUAUAGCCUUGCUUUUACUAUGCAAUUCUCUCUGCCACUGGUUACUGUCUUUGGGGAAAAUGAAUGUUCGAUUCACGACACAAAGGAGGUGCGUCAACCAUUGUGUCAGGAAAAAAACAAACUACAAAGAGGAUAGCGCUUUUGUUUUCAGUGAUCGCUAUCGGUGGCUAUCUCGAUUGAAUUGCUCAGUGGUGCAUGAAGCUAAAUAAUAACACAAAAUCUAUUUAAUCAUGCGGCCCUUCUGUGUUAUUGACCUGAUGACGAACGAGUCAGUUUGCGGGGUUGCGACAUGCCAAAAAAUGUAUCCACUGAUUAACAGACGUCUCUUUCACACUGUAAGUCUAUGGGGAAAAGUCUUUUUUGGCCCAGUGGCAUCAAAUGACGGAGUGGGAAGUGCCACUAUGUUCCUAAAUUGCUAUCUCCAGUCACCAAAGAGUAUCAGUGUGAGGUAUUUGCUGUUACUUUCCCCAGUUAACAAAAUUGGUGGACAAAAAGGAAAUGCAGUGUACCCUGUGUUGUUUGUAGUUGCUAGGCUCUAAGGACAACAGAGAGCUUUUUGCAACGGAUGCACCAGCAAUCAAACCACUGGCGGGGGAGGGUUAAAAAGUUUUCUGUUUCCACUGAAAACAAACACGAAUAAAUGACCUAAUUAGGAACUCUGGAGGAGCCGCCAGGCAAAUUUUGUUACUUUCAGCCCACUUUAACAAUGCAUCAGCUAAGUCUCGGGGGGGCGAGGGCUAAGAUUUUGUGCUGAUCUGUUUUAGCCACAAAUGGCCAAGACUUCCUCUACUGUGCUAAAGUCAUUUUAGCUAAUCUCUGUAAACUGCAUAUGAAUGCAGUUACAUAAAUAUAAUAUAUCAUUGUCAGACUAAAGCUGAUUAGUUUCGUGUUUGCAUUUAGGCCACUGUGAUAUGUUACAUCGCCCCACCAUGAUUGGUCAAAAGUCCUUGGACUAUGAAUAGAAACUUCCAAAAUUAGAAUCUGCACACAUAUGCAGAAUCUGUUCAUAAAGUUUAGCCAGAGCCAAGCUAGCAGUCGCAGUUUUUUAUGCUAAGCUAAACUAACUGGCUGCAGCUGAUCUCAUCUAAUUCAGAAAGCAAGUAAGCGUAUUUCCCAAAAAUGUCGAACUAUUCCUGAAACUCUUGAGCACUUGUGAAAACUGACACAAUUAGUCUUUGAAAAACACUUAAUCCUUUGUAAAUGUGAGCAGGUUCAGCGUUUGACGAUAUUCUACACAUGUUCAUGUUUCAUCGUAUGUAAAAGCAUUUGUUCACUCUUCACAUGUUGCAGUUUACGCUCACUGAACCCACACUACUGAGUCUUUGUCGAAUUCCCAUGCUGCUAAGUCGUGUGCUCACCUUCUUCAACCCUAUAAGAGGGCUUCUCGUCAUGGACUCCGGGUGAGGUCCGCUCAGCACCGAGCAAUGUGUAUGUAUAUAUAUGUAAUGGUAUCUUUUUUGUUUCUGGAGAGGAGAGGCCUUCAGACUCUGCCUGUGUUGUGACCGACGUCUGUCUCCCAGUUCUGAUCCUUGUGGGGCCUUCCUGGAGACGCUCGUGGUCUCCCUGAUGUUACUGACGUGUCUGUCGCGAUUGUGUGCUGUCACUUUUGAAUGUUUGGUGAAACAGCAGUUGUAAGCAUUAUUCAAGUACAUAUCUAAUGUAUGUAAACCAUGUAUUUAAGAGAAGAAAUCUGACUGAAUGUUAGUUUCGUGGGACCACAGAUCUCAGCGCAGUCUCACACGAGAGCCAAGAGGACCAGAAUUGGCGUUAAGACUAACGAGCUUUAAAGCUUAGGACGGAGCUUUUCCUCCAAUGAGGAGGCAGAUUGUGUUUAGUGGCCUACGGUUAGUUUUUUUCUCUAUGUUUUGUUUGUUAUGCUGUCCCUGUUUCACAUAUCCUGGGCGUUCCCACACUGCAGUUUUAGCAGCCAUUCCCAAGUGGCGGACUCUGUAGCGAUUCUAAUGUCAGAUGCCUUGGUGAGAAUA